AUGGCUUCUCAAUCUGGGUCUAACCCAGCUCUAUCGGAGUUUCGCGUCCCAACCAUCCCGCUUCACAACAGCAUUCCACCCGAGCUUGUCCCUCGGUAUGACCCCGUCUACGUUGCAUACUACAAUGCCUUCAAUGCCGGGCGACUUCAUACACACGAGGUGCCGAUAGAAGAGUUCCGCAAGAAUCCUUCCAAAUAUACAAUUUCCUAUGGCCGGUCUCCCGGCCCUGAAAUCUUCCGUAUCACUGAGCAGAAAUGUCCAGUUGACGACGGGGAAAUUACCAUUCGAAUCUUCGAGCCAGCUCCUAAGCUUGAUCACCAGGGCCAGCCGAAGAAGAGAGCUGCCUAUCUCAAUUUCCACGGAGGUGGAUGGGUGUUUGGCGGACUAGCAUAUGAUCGCAGUUUCUGCCAGCGACUGGUCCACCAGCUAGAUGGAGACCUGGUCGCAUUUGAUGUGGACUACCGAUUGGCACCAGAGCAUAAGUUUCCUAUCCCGGUCAAUGAUUGUUGGACUGCCUUUAAUUGGGUGCGUUCCCACAAAGCAAGUGAGCUGAAUCUCGACCUAGAUAGGUUCGCAGUAGGUGGCGCGUCAGCAGGAGGCCACAUCUCGGCCGUUAUCAGCCAUCUGUGUCGCGAUGCGAAUAUCCCACUACGAUUGCAGCUCUUGACAGUGCCGGUGACAGACUUGCAUAGCGUCUUCACCCCUGAAGGUGAUUUCGACCGCGAGAACUGUCCAUACGAGUCCUAUCGAGAGAUGGAGUUUGCACCAGCCCUACCGGCAGCGCGUAUGGCAUACUUCCACCGGUCCUUCCUAGGAGUUCCUCGACCGGCGCAGUCCGAUGAGGAUUGGAAGAUAUCACCCAUUCUAGCACCGAACUUCCGCAACUUGGCCCCUGCGUUGGUGUUUACUGCGGAAUUAGAUCCUCUGCGCGACGAAGGAGAGGCAUAUGCGGCAAAGCUUCAAGCUGCAGGAGUAUCGGUUGAGAUGCAUCGAGUUGCAGGUGCUCCCCAUUUAUUCCCUGCAUUGGAUGGCAUUCUAGAAGCAGGUCGACAGUAUAACAAGAAGGUGAUUGCAACCAUGAACCGGGAACUCAAGGGAUGA